AUCAUGGGUGCCGUUGCUGAAUACCAUGAGAUCAAUGGACCUGAUCUAAUUUCUGCCCUCCAUCUAUCCCAGCAAGCACCUACAAUCCUAGGUUCCGGACCCACAAAGCUGGCAACUUCAUCUGCAGACACCGCAGAAAAAUAUGGAAAGAUUGAGCAGCUUUUCCUUGCCUGUCUCCGAACAGGAGAUGACCAGUCAGCAAGGACAUGUCUAGAUCGGUUAAGCCACCGUUUUGGUCCCGCCAACGAGCGAGUAAUGGGACUGGAAGGCUUAUACCAGGAAGCGACUGCCAAAGACCAUGCUGCUUUAGAGAAAUGCCUGGAGGAAUAUGAGAAUCUUCUUUCUGAUAAACCUAUCAAUGUGCCUAUCAUGAAGCGUCGCAUAGCACUUUUGCGCUCGCUCAACAAACCCUCUGAUGCUAUCACAGCCAUUAUCCAGCUUCUCGAUGCUAUCCCCACCGAUGCCGAAGCCUGGUGCGAACUAGCUGAUCUCUAUCAGUCCCAGGGACUCGGCUCUCAGGCCAUUUUCAGUCUUGAAGAAGCCUUGUUGAUCGCGCCCAAUGCUUGGAAUAUCCAUGCGCGACUGGGGGAAGUGCUUUAUGUAUGCUCUUUGUCAGCCAAUAGCGAUGCACGUCGACUUGCAGGCAAGUCCGUGCAGCAUUUCUGUCGAAGUGUUGAACUUUGUGAUGAUUACCUUCGAGGAUUCUAUGGAUUAACCCUGGCUUCAUCCCACCUGUUGGAGAACGAUUGCACCGAGAAUCCUAGCGAGCCCAUUCCUUCUAGGACAACCCUUGACCAGUUGAAGAGAUUUGCUCUCCAGAGGCUUGGUGACAUUGUCCAGUCACGGACAAUUGACAAUCAAUAUUGGGCAUCCAGUCGCAGUGAACUCAUUGCGGCCAAGGAGCUAUUGAAUCGCUUUGAGUCCAAAUAA